AACAGUUGUCCAUAGGCCCUAAUGGGAUGCAUCCACAAGUGUUGAGGGAGCUGGCUGAUGUCAUUUUGAGGCCACUCUCAAUAAUCUUUGGAAGAGCAUGGUGAUUGGGAGAACAGGUGCGUGAGCACUGGAGGAUAGCUAAUGUCACCCUUAUCUUCGAGAAGUCUGGGAAGAAGGACCCAGGAAACUAAAGGCCAGUCAGCCUUACUUGGAUCCCUGGGAAGGCAAGGUUGCAAUGCCACCUAGAGGGACCUCAGCAGGCGGGAAAAGGAGCUGAUGGGAACCUUACAGAGUUUAAGAAAAAGAAGCACAGAGUCCUGCAACUAGGCUGGAAUAAUCCCAUGCACCAGAACGUGCUGGGGUCUGUAUGGCUGGAAAGCAGCUUUGCAGGUCCUGGUGGACAACAGGCUGUCCAUGAGCCAGCAAAGUGCCUUUGUGGCAAAGAAGGCCAAUGGUAUCCCAGAGUGCAAUAGGGAAAGACUUGUGAGCAGGUUGAAGGACGUGAUUCUUCCUGUUAACAAAGGUGAGGGCACAAGUGGAUUCCCCAAUACAGGAGAAAACUGGAGCUAAUGGAGAGAGUCCAGUGAAGGGCCAUUAAGAUGAUGAAGGGACUAGAGCAACUCUCAUUGAAAAACAGGCUGAGGAAGCUGGAACUGUUUAGCUUGGAGAAGAGAUGGCUCAGAGCGGGAUCUUACAAGGCACACAAAUAUCUGAAGGGAGGCUGUAGAGUUGGAGACAAACUCUUUCUGGUGGUACCUGGUGACAAGGCAAGAGGAAAUGGAUGCAGAUUAAAACACAGGAGGUUUCUCCUGAGUGUCAGGAAACUUUCUCACUGUGAGGGUGUUCUAACACUGGCACAGGUUGCCCGCAGUGGUUGUAGAGUGGUUUAUAUUACUUCCUUUGCAGUUGUUAUCAGUUAUUUAAGUUGAUCUAUAAAACCAAUUUAAAUUUUUAGUUUUCUUCUUUUAAAGUAAUACUUCUGCUUUACACAUGGCUGUUAUCAUAUCUCUGUAUCUUAUGCUUCAUGUUCUAUGAAAUGGAGGUUUUCAGCAGGUGUGGAUUAAUUUUUUUUUAGAUAUUGACUAUUAAGUUACUAAAUGUCAUUACUGCAAUGAAUUUUAUUUUUUUUAACCUCCUGAAACAUUUCAGCACUUGAUUUGCAGCAGUGUGGAAUAUCCAAUGAGGGAGCAAGAUCAUUAUUAGAUGCUCUUCAAACUAAUACAACAUUAGAGGUACUUGACAUAAGAAAAAAUCCAUUAAUAGGUAUGUAUCCGUGUCUGCCUUUGUCUUCUUUGUGUGGUGGUGGGUUUUUUUUCUUCUUCAGUAACUAUAUUUUAAGAAAAAAAAACAUGCCACAUUAAUUUGCUAAACAUUUUUAAAAUGAGGGAAACAAGAAGGGUAGGUAGUGUGUACUGCUUAUUCAAUGAUCUCUUUGUUUACAUAGAGUUGUCUCAUACAAAGAAUUCUUAGUAAUGUAUUUUAAUUCAUCCUAGGUCAGGUUCUGAUGAAAAACAUUAUUGAAAGAGUUCUUAAGAAUGGAACUGGUGCUAAUUCAGAGUAUAAGUGGCUGACAUCUCCAUCCUCCAAGGAUGCUUUGAAAAAUAGACCAAAGAAAAGGACUAUUGUUCUAGGAAGUGGUCGAAAAGGAAAAGCUACUAUUCGUAUUGUUAUCUGGAAACAGAGAGGACUAUUGUCUAAAAAAUCGGUAAGUCCUGGGAAAAAAAGUACAUCUGUGAAAGAGAGUUACUCACCAAAACCACAGCCACCAGGCACAAAAGGCUUCCUUCCUUGGCGGACUGCAGAACGUGCAAAGAGAUGCAGAGGUGGAGCUCUGGAUCGUGCUGGAGAAUUGCCAGUGGAGAUUCAGACAGGUGUUCCUGUGAAAGUGACAGUAGAAAGUGCUUCUACAUCUGAUACCGAAGACACAGAAGAUUUAGAUGAUGUCAUCCACUAUCCUGAUUUGGCAAAAUCAAUUGAUAAGAUUAAUGUAACAGAAUAUCAACAAUUAGAGUUGGAGCUGGAAGAAUGCAUGGAAAAACUAAAGGAAGAACAAAGAGCUAGAGAAAAGGCUGAGGAACGAGUAGCAGAGCUGGAAGCUGAAAAUGCAAGAUUAAGGAAUCUAAGUAUCUCCCUAUCCGAGGUUCUUCAUGCACAGUCAGUAACCAGCACAAUUUUGGAAGAUGAAAGUGUUCUAGGCAGCAUUGAGAACUCUUUCCAAAAGUUCCACGCUUUUUUAGACCUCCUUAAAGAUGCUGGACUUGGACAACUUGCUGUAUUAGCUGGGAUAGACCAGUCAGAUUUUGGCCUUUUGGGGCAACCACAAAUGAAUUCUACUCUCAGUAAGUCUGCUAACUUGGUAAAGGAGAAGUCUUUUGAAGAAGAAAGACAGGAACAUACCCAGAACAGCAAAAACAGAAUAGGGGACAUCCAACUGUCUCUUCCUGGCACAUUUCAAUCCCAGAUGGUGAUGAAUAAUGCCUUUUCUGCACUUAGAGAAAUACAAGAACUUCAGACUGCUGGACAGCAGUACCAGCUAGGCUCAUGGAAGGAAAAUGAAGCUCAAACAAUUAACCAAAAUAAAGAGGAUAAACCUCGUAGUAGUACACCAGUAUUCUCUGAGAGGAGAGUCAAACAAAAUGAACAAGCAAAAGGUCACUCAGCAAGACAGUUGGCUACUGGUCUGCACUCAUUUGCUGAUUCCAGUGUACGUAUUAAAAGUGAUGACAGCAGAGUAUCAAGUGGUAUGUCUGUUGAAAAAAGCAAAAAUUCUUCCUCUAAGAAAUACAUCCCUGGAGCAAAUGAAACGGCAGCUCCAACUACUGGAGCAAGAGGAAACCAAAGUACACUACAAGCAGUAAACACCUCUGGAAGUGACACAUUAGGAUCUGGCUCUGAAAUACAAGAAAGUAUACAAAGCGUUACCAGCAUUUGAAAUGCUUCUAAAAUGUUUGGACUGUUCUUUACAUUUGGAAUAUUAAUAAUAGAUUUUGGAUGUUUCACUAUAGUUUUUGAAUUUUUUGUAAGGUAAUGAAGACUUUGUGACUUUUUAAAGCAUUGCAUGUUGUUUCAUGUUUGCAUUCCUUGUCAUGAGAUUUCAAAUUUUGGAAACGUGAUAUACUUUAAAUGGUACCUGUCACUUCGUACUACAGACAAAGGACUUCUGGCAUAUGGAUUUUAUUAUCUCCACCAGUCUUGGUGUAGAGUGUAAACUGUUUUGAGCCAAUAAAGUUAAUUUGAGUACA